UUUCUCUUUGGUGUGUCAGACUUGCUGUCAUGGCGGCUUGUUGCUUCCGUUCGUAGCCUAGUUUUUUUGUAUCGUAAUUGUAAAGAAGUAGCGUAUUAGUUGUGAUAUGUCAGAAUCGGACAUUUCGAAACGACUGAGAUCUUGUCCGUACGCGUGAAGUGUAUUGUGUUACAGUGUGUGAGUGCGUGUGUUUAGAAGGCAUAGACUUGUCAUUUGCACAUGUCAUAACAUUCCGAUGGCUUAGUCUUGUUGACCGUGGGAAGACCGUUGAGAAAGGGACGAAAACGAGAUGGGGAACUGUUUCGGCCGCCAGAGACCGUCCGUGAAGAAAAGUCAUACGUUACCUUCUUCGCCGUUGCCUGAACACAGAAAUGAAAGUGAAAACCAAGUUCCGUCAAACACGCCUCCCGCGCCCGAACCCUCCCGACCUUUGCCACCCAUCGAACCAGAUGUUCCUGGCAUCUCGAAUGCGAAAAUAUUCGUAGCGUUGUACGACUACGAUGCCAGGACUGACGAAGACCUCAGUUUUCGGAAAGGUGAACAUUUGGAAAUUUUAAAUGACACACAAGGGGACUGGUGGCUCGCCAGAAGUAAAGCUACCAAGCAAGAAGGUUAUAUUCCGUCUAAUUAUGUUGCCAAGCUGAAAUCUAUCGAGGCUGAACCAUGGUACUUUGGCAAGAUAAAACGUAUUGAAGCUGAAAAGAAGUUGUUACUGCCAGAAAAUGACCAUGGAGCAUUCCUUAUACGAGAUUCUGAAAGCCGCCGUAAUGACUACUCACUGUCAGUGCGCGACGGCGACACGGUCAAGCACUACCGCAUCCGCCAGCUGGACGAGGGGGGCUUCUUCAUCGCCCGCCGCACCACGUUCCGCACCCUGCAGGAGUUGGUCGAGCACUACAGCAAGGACGCGGACGGGCUGUGCGUCAACCUGCGCAAAGCCUGCAUUCGGGUGGAGAAGCCGGUGACGGGCGGCCUGUCGCACAGCACCCGGGACCAGUGGGAGAUCGAGCGGUCGUCGCUGCGGUUCGUGCGCAAGCUGGGGCACGGCCAGUUCGGGGAGGUGUGGGAGGGCCUGUGGAACAACACGACGCCCGUCGCCAUCAAGACGCUCAAGCCGGGCACCAUGGACCCCAAGGACUUCCUGGCGGAGGCGCAGAUCAUGAAGAAGCUGCGGCACACCAAGCUCAUCCAGCUCUACGCCGUCUGCACCAUGGAGGAGCCCAUCUACAUCAUCACCGAGCUCAUGAAGAACGGCAGCCUGCUCGAGUUCCUUCAAGGUAAGGGACGGGCCCUGAAGCUGCCCCAGCUGAUAGACAUGGCCGCCCAGAUCGCCGCGGGGAUGGCGUACCUCGAGUCGCAGAACUACAUCCACCGGGACCUGGCCGCCCGCAACGUGCUGGUGGGAGACAGCAACAUCGUGAAGAUAGCGGACUUCGGUCUGGCCCGGCUCAUCAAGGAGGAUGAGUACGAGGCGCGGGUGGGCGCUCGCUUCCCCAUCAAGUGGACCGCGCCAGAGGCCGCCAACUACAGCAAGUUCUCCAUCAAGUCGGACGUGUGGUCCUUUGGCAUCUUGCUGACGGAGCUCGUCACCUACGGACGGAUACCGUAUCCAGGCAUGACGAACGCGGAGGUGCUGCACCAGGUGGAGCACGGCUACCGCAUGCCCUGCCCGCCGGGCUGCCCCAACACGCUGUACGACAUCAUGCUGGAGUGCUGGCACAAGGACCCCAUGAAGCGCCCCACCUUCGAGACCCUGCAGUGGAAGCUGGAGGACUUCUUCACCAUGGAGGGCUCGGAGUACAAGGAGGCGUCGGCCUACUGAGACCACGCCCACCUCCCGGAGUGGCCGUACUCGCUCAGGCUCCGCCUGCCGUCGCCCCGCGAGUAGAGCCCGCCUCCGGACAGGUGGGGACGCAAAGUGUCGCAGCGUGCGCGCGUGGUGGUGGUUGUUCCGGACCGUUCGCUACUCUCGUCAAGCCUAAAUACACCCUGUAUCAUAUUUUAUAUUGUCCUUAUAUGCAGGUAUUUCUUAUCAGUGUGCACGUUCUAAUUUGCAAGUAAGUAGGUAGAUCAGAAACUUUAGUAUUUUAUUUGCAAUGUCAGUGUUAAUUGUGUGUGAUGAUUGAUUUCAGUACGAAUGUGUAUUGUUUUCACAAUGGUAUCAAUUGUUGUAAUGUCUUGUUCAAGGCUAUGACUGCCGGAUAUCAGGUGGUAAUAACGAAUUUGUUUCGGUGGAGCACAUUCAGUUUUGAUACAAAGUUGUUUUUGCUAAAUGAAAUUUUAAUCCGUUAAAUGGGUAGUAUUUUAAUAUAAUUUUGUUGCUGUGUAUAAUGAAAUAUAAACGUUGCGAGACUUGCUGUGUGUAUAAGUGGUACUGGUUAUUAUUGUUGAAAUGCUGCAGACCUAAGGUUUGUUCACAUUGGCUCAUGUUCGUUGGCUUGUAAUCAUUUAAUCUGUGUGGCUGCAGCCAUAAUCAGAGACAAGAUGAUGUGGUGAAUUGCGGUAAAACAGGAAUAACACUGAAUACCGUGUCAAUAAACCACGUAAUACCAAAAUGCAAUGUAUGUUACAAUAAACUGUUUUGGUGAAUUAAGUAUUAUGAAUCAUUAAAUGUCAUAUCUGUUUUUUUUUAUUCAUAAAUAUAGAAUAUUAUUAGAGUUCAUAAAAAAAUAAAACCUAAAAUCUUGUCUCUAGCCAUAAUGUAACAUUCAGGUGUUAGCUGAGUAUUGUUAUUUUCAGCGAAUGAAAAAUCAAAAUAUUGAGUGUACUUUCUUGUUCAUUUCUUUCCUCUUAAAAAUUUUCAGAAAUGAUUGUGAGCCUACAUUCAGUGCAGUGUCAAAGUUUGAUCAUCACAAUUUUCCUUCUGGUUAACUCUUGUUGAGAACAUCAGGUCUUGAGUGCAGUCACAUACCCAUGAGUAUUUUUUUCUUUUCCUUAAAGAACAGGUGUCUCAAUAAGCCAGUUAAAAUGAUUGUGGCUAGCUUCCUAUUGUUUAUGUUGCUUAUUGAAGUCAUAAGUAAAGGGGAUGUACUAGUACUGAAAAAUAGUGACUCCAGAAAUGUUAGAAGUAGCGAAAAAAUAAAAUGAUUUUUGUUGGUAGCGUAUAUUCCAGUUUUUUUAUUUAUUGCGUGUGGAAUCUAAACGUGUAUUGUAGGUAUCAAGAAAGCUAUUUUGAAAUCUGUUUGCCAGGCUGGAAGAUAGGUACUUUAUUCGCAGUCUCUUCCGGGAUUUUUCAAAUGUUAGCCCAUGAGAUUGUUUGAAAAUCACUUUGUGAUGUUUUAUAAAUUUUUUCCCCCUUUCAAUGAGAAUAUGGAGACCCUGCAUUUUUUUUAUGGCAUAUUUUGGAAUGUUGUGUGUAAUACUUCAUAUCACAUGUUCAUUGUGUUGUAAUUUUGUCUGUGUUUGUAUAGCGUGUUUUAACUUAGCUUUUGUAAGCUUUGUUCUAGUUUCAAAUAAUGUUAAAUUAAAUUUUUACUUAAUUGUGUUGUGUGCUGGUGUUGAUGCACCUCAUAGAAUUCACCUCCAACUCAGCAACUGCAUGAAUUAGUUUUGGAAUAAUUGUAAUGUAUACAUUUAUAAUUACAGUAAAACUCUGUUAAGAUGUUUGUGAAGGGACGUAAAAAUUUAAGCCUAUUAACCAGGAAAAACUACUUUAAAGGCUUAAAUUUAAGUUACGUAAUUUUUUAGGUCAAGGGAAUUUUUUGUUUUAAAAACAUCAAGCAAUAAACUUCUAGUUGAACUUCUUAAAAGGGUUUCACUGUUAAUUAUCAUUAAGUUUAUAUCUUCAAAUGUGAAGCACCUACUGAACAGUAGUUGGGACCAGUUUAUCUGUACAGAAUCAUGUUUUUGAGUGGUUACUUUUCCCUCCCAGUUUUCAAUUUUGUAAGGUCUUAAAAUGAUUGUGUGUUCAAUUUUGAUUGCUUUUAUCACAGUUGAAACCAGUUUCGAAUUGAACAUAGUUUGCAAUUGUGCAUGAUAACCUGUAUAAAUAGCCAAUAAGCUAAUUGCAUCUUGUAAAUACUCUUUCUGUUACUUUUGAAAUAAGUGCAUUUGAGGAUGAUUAGUCAACUUGAAAAGUUUGUAAAAUAAAAUUUUUGCUGCUUUUUUUUUACACUUUUAGUGUGAAUUGUUUUUCAAGUUUAUAAAAUACAGUGCAAAUUCUAUCGUUUCAUAGAUCAAGUUCAGAAAAAAAAUGGCAUCCAUAACACACUAAGCAGAAAAUAUUAAACUUCAAAAGUUGUGGUUUAAAACACAGGCCUGAAUGAAAUUAAGAGAACAAUAUAGUUUUAUCAAAUACGUACAUAAAAUAUGUGAACUUGUAUUGUAAAUACGUAAGAACUGGAGUAAAGGUUUUGGUGAUUUUACUUUCAUAAAUGUUGUACAUAUGUCAUAAUUGUAUAUCUAAGACUUCUCUACAUGAUAUUACUGAAAUUGUUUCAUAGUUAGCAGAUAUUUAUUAAUGAAAAGCAUAAAAAAAACACUUAUUGGAAUUCUGUAAACAUUCAUGAUUUAAUUAACAAUGAAUGAUAUUAUGUUGUUUUUGUGGUUAAAUUUUAGAGAUGGCACGAGACUCAAAACUCGAGCAGAGUCAAACGAGUAGCUAAAGGUCAACUCGACCGUCAAAUUCAUUGUAUUCUACAGGAUGAGACUCGACGAUCUUUAUCUUAUAACUCGAUAAUAUAUGACAAUCCUGUGCAAAAAGCAUAUCACGUACGAUGAUUUUACAAACACUUCAAAGUGUAAUCACUAAUUUAAAUUAUUGACAUUUUCUCAAAGUACAUUAAUUUAAAUAAUUACACUUCCCGAAAAACUUAAAUUUUUUCCGCUAUUUGCGUUUUACAUUUUUGAAAAUGCCAUUUCUGAAUGGCCUGCUGUAGGUGAAAUUUUUUUUAACAUAGCACACAAAUUACAAAAAAUUAAAAAUUGUCUGGACGUUGGUUUUUAUUCUCUAGUAUAGCAGAAAUCAAUAGUAUCGCUGUUAGACAUGAUUACAAAAGUGUUGCAUUGUGUAUCUCCAUACUGUAUUCACCGGCAGGUCGCCUCUGCAUAUGGGUCGCACCUAUAAUUUUGGGCAUAAAAAUCAUAACAUUUGCACCGUAAGGGCUUCCCUAGAAUAUGAGUAGCACCAUAUAACUGUCUUCAGUAGAAUACAAGUGAAGUCGUUAUGGUCUUGGCUUAUUGCCGCGUAAGAAACAUGGAAUGGUCGUGUGUCUCUCCUCUCCCCAUCCUUUAUGUCCCUUUUUUUUAUUGUUUAAUUCAUUACACCACACAAUUUUCCUCGAUUUCAAAGGCCUUCACAGCUACUGUAUUUUCCAGAAUCUAGUGAAAAUAAAAUACUCAGUUUUAAAAGAAAUCAGGUCUGAUAAGUUAUAUUUUACUCAUUCACUUGGCACAAAUGACUUACAAUGACUUAUUUGAAGACAUAUAUGAACUUUAAUAUAGUGCUAAUUUAUGUUAACACCAGCAAAUAAAAAACAAAUAUUCUGUAAAAUUUCUGCAAUUACUCGAAGUUGACUCGCUUUUUAAGGACGCGACUCAACUAAAAUUAAGCUUGGACUUUACUCUGCUCGACUCGAAGGUAUUAUUACUGAACUCGCUGUACUUUGACCCAAAAAUUUGCAGAACUCGUCCAUCUCUAUUAAAUUUCUGUUUGUUUACGAUAGUCAUUUACAGAGGAUCAUAUGUUGAUAGCCUAAGUUCUUACACAUUACCUUGUGAAGUUUCAGUUUAGGCCUACAUUUUAAGCAUGUCUGUGUAGUAUCAUAUAUUGAUAGCUGCUGUUUAAUUUAAGGUUUGAUUAAUUUUAUCAAUUUUUAAUUCCCCUGGAUAUUUGUGAAAACUGUGAACUAGAAAAUAAAUCAAUUUUAUUAAUAUGUAGAUCUUAAAAUUUAAAAUAAGUUUUUUUAAAAGUAAUGAUUUAUGAAUUGAAUUUUUCACUUCAGUAAAUAAAAUUUGUUAAUUACGUAUA